AGCUGCCGUUUGAAAUACAAAAACAAACCGUUACUCUAAGCAGCAGCCGCCUCAUGGGAUAGUAAUUUUUGUCAAAACAUACAAGAACAAUGAGGUCGAGUAAUGUUCGUAGCGUUUCUUUUACGUUCCACAAAAACCCCUCGGAAAAUCGAGUAGAGGGUAAACCUUCAGGAAAAAAUGAUUCAACGGGUGGCGCUUCAAGAAGAAUCUUACAAUCAUCCACUCGACAGCGACUGCAGGACCGGUUUGAUCAAGAAUGUCCUUAUGCACUGAGUCGUGACCACAAAUCCCAAAACCGAAGCAACCGCAGUCACACACGUAACUGGUCUGAUUUCAAUAUCUCUCUGCCUUCAGUGCAACCUAGAAGGAUGCUACGAUCUGGAGCAGAUAAAAUAUCAAAGACUAUUGCUACAGUUCGGAACUCAAUUGACACACUAUCUCAGAGAUUUCGCACAUCAACCAGACGUCGCUACAGGCUUGAAAAUGAGUCACCCCAAGCAGUGACGCCACGCACAAGGAGUAAAUGUAUUUUGGGACGAACACCAACAAAAUUGUACAGCCCGUUUGGUAUUGAAACACCUCAAAGUGGAGCUAAAUCUCUACCCGACAAAGAAAAUCAAAGCUAUGGAGGGAAAGUUAUUACCCCUCGACGAAGUUCACGGCAGAGAGCAAGCCCGUACGGUUCAACUUGGUCUAAAGAAAAGGGAUCACUAUUCCAUUAGAUAUUCAAAGGACUAUCAUAAUGUUAUGAUAACUGAAGCAAGAAGCAAUUCCGUCAUCAUACUUACCUGUAUUAGAAGCACAUGCCUUUCUCAUUUUGCAUUUUCUACAUAGAUUUCAAAUACUAUUGCAAUAAUAUAGAUUUUUGCUUUCAUAAUAGAUUACCUAAUCUAUUGAAUCUUGUCCAAAACAUGAGAACUUCUAGUAUUACAGUACUGAACACAAUCAAGUUGUUUGAAUCUCUUAUGUCUGUAAUUGUUUUUUUUUAAUCAUCUAUUCAUGUUUAUCUGGCAGUACAGAUAACACUGUGAUUCCAUUCCUGUGAUGUCUCAUCUUCUACUCACCAUUUUCACUUAGUUUUUGCCCUAUUAGUACAUUAAUUACAAUGAAGCUAAUUGCAAGAUGUGUGAGCUAUGGGAUACCUCACGUACUGAUGCAACAUCAUUAAAUAAUACUGCUCCGUCUUGGUAAAUAAUACUGCUCCAACUUGGUUAUUUGUCCAUGGUUAUUUCUUCGUGAGCUAUCAUUUUCAAGUGGAUUUUGCAGUAUUUUUACUUGUGAAGAUCCAUUCCCCUAAUCUAAGCACAAUUAGGUUUUUCUAUGGGAAACUGUUUAUUUUUAUUUGUGGCUAACAGUAUUAUAUUUGUUAAUUAAUCGUAUUUAUGUAUCACUUUUCCACUAAUGAUUAUGUAAUAUUAGUGUGAAUUUUCAAGGUGUCCAGGAAACUGAAGGCUAAUUGCUGUUUCCUACUGCACGCCAAUUUUUGACAUGUUUCUUUGGUUUCCUGAACACCUUGAAGAACAUAAUUUGUCAUGCAUUUUUAUAUCAAUGUGUUGUGUAAAUCUUAGUAUAAACUUUUUCUACCUUAAAA